AUGAAGUUCCAGACUGUCCUUGUCUUCUUUGCCGGUGCUUUGGCUCUUGCCGCCCCUAUUGAAGAGCGAGACCUCCCUGUUGUUGGAACUCUUGGGAGUGCUACUACUCUUGCCAAAUCAGCAAAAGGCGCUGCCGGCAAGGUUGCACCAUCUGCUGUUGACAAUCUACCAGCUGGAGGCCUCGUAAAGGGUCUGCCAUUAGCUGGAGGCCUCCUUGGAGGCGGUGCUACCUGCGUCAGAUGGGUUUUGAAAUCCUAUCUGGCAUCGGCGAUAUCACAUCGCACUUUUGGUGGGUGUCAAACAAAACAAGCAUUUACUGACAGCAAAACCGUGACGCAUAGUAAUUCAGUGAACGGUAUCAUGAGUGACUUUGCCGGAAAAGUCAUGGAUUCCUGGGCUUCCCUUCUUGUUAUACCUUUUUUUUAG